AUGUGUCUUCAGAUUCCUGACUACAAAGUGGUUGCAGAAGAACAGAAAACCCGCUUCAAAAAUCUUAAGACGUAUUUUUACAACUAUGAAGCUGAAACCUCCAAUGGAAUAGUUGGGACUGAAUACUCACGCUCUGGUGUCCAGAUAUCUUGCAAAGUGGAACUGGAGGUUCCUCAGUAUUGUGCUUACACCUUGCGGAUAAAUGCAUGCAACCUGAGGGAAGUGCAAAGCAACAGUCCUGAUGGCAACCCUGUCUUUGAGCUUUCCAGGAACUCUGAAGAGUUUCAGCAAGCUAUGUCCAAGUAUGAGCUGAAAUUCACAACAGUACAUGGACAUAUGGAUGUCAACCUCUACCCAAAUAAAAAUGAACCAACCAACAUUCUCAACAUCAAGAGAGGAAUCAUUUCUACUCUUCUGGUGCCAGUGGAAUCUGAUGAAGAUGUACAGACAUUUAACACACCUACAGUUUAUGGAAAUUGCACAAGUGAAGUCACAGUGAACAGCAGAGCAGGGAGUGUUGCUACUCAUGUUACAAUAGGAAGAGAUCUUACUGCUUGUGAUAGAUUCACACCAAUUGCAGAGCACAGGAGUCCUUUGGCACUGAUUACAGGGCUGCAUGUACCUGUGAUGAACUUGUUGAGCAGUUACCAAUCUUGCAGCUAUUCGCUUGAUACAAAGAAGCAUAUAAAAGAAGCUACCUGCAACGAAAAGCAUAUCUUAUCGCCUCUAACACGGGAAGAUCAGUAUGGAGCUGUGUCAUACGUAAUGCAGACACUUAAACUAGAAAAUGUAAUCGCAACUAAUAACAGACACUUUACUAAAGAUGAAUCGAUAACCAGGAAAGAAUUGGCUUUGGAGCAGACUGAGAGUAGGGAAAAGAGUGCAGACUCUGCAACAUUGGCUUUACAGAAUCUGGUCAGUCUAUCUGAGAGUGGUCAGGAUGAAGAAAGAGCCAGUCUGUUCCAAACAUUUGUUGUUGAAUUGAGGAAGUUGGAGAAAGAUGCACUUGAGGCUGCUUUACCUAAAUUCUUCAAAAUGGAAGUGCCCAGGUCUGUUACUGUCCAAGCACUUCUGCAAUGUGGCACUCCGGAGUGUUUUUCUGCAAUUCUGAAACUACUACAAAAUGAACCAGUCCCUCCAUUGGUGGCAGAUGCAGUUACCUAUGCCAUAGCACUUAUGGCUUCACCAUCUGAGAGUAGGAUAAGUGAUGUCCUUAAUCAGGCAAAGGUCCGGCGAACACGGGGUACAUUUUAUGCCUUGAGCCACGUAGUAAGCAAAUUUUAUGAGGAAACACAGUCUGUAGUACCAGAACUGAAGGCAGUCGCGAAUUACCUGAUGUCCAUACUUGGAAGUGAUUGCUCUGGUGAUGAAGACACGAUCUACCUGACUCUAAAGGCACUGGGAAACAUGGGACAGGCAAUGGAGAAUGCAAAUCCGGAAAUUCAGCAAACUCUUAUAAGAUGUGCUAACAACGCUAAAACCUCCUCCAAUAUUCAACAAGCUGCAGUUCAAGCUUUCAGAAAAAUGAACUUGGCUGAUGAGAUUCGCACUGCGCUUCUUCGAAUAUACACAGAUGAAAAAUCUCCUGUGCCGAAGAGACUAGGAGCAUAUCUUAUUGUGAUGAAAGAUCCAUCAUCAGCUAAUCUAAGAAGAAUCAUCAGAAAUCUAAAAGACAUUAAAAAUGAACAAGUUGAAAGUUUUGUUUCCACCCAUUUGAGAAAUAUUCUCAAAUCUGAGUCUCCUGCUGUCCAAGUGAUACAAAAGAAGUUAUCAGAUUCUCUAGAAGAUAAUCAGAUCAGACCACCAAGGAAUGUUAAGGGGCUUUCUAGAAACUAUGAUCUGUAUAAAAAGUUUAAAAUUCCAAGACAAAAGAAUCCUUUGGAAGCUGGAUUACAAAGCAAUGUAAUUUUUGAGCCAGAAAAAAAUAUGCCAAGUGCAGUAAUGCUGGAAACUACUUUAAAUAUUUUUGGUCAAUCCAUUGAUUUUUUUGAGCUUGGUCUGGAUGGCAGUGGAUUUGAACCGUCCCUGGAGGCAUUAUUUGGACCGAAAGGAUUUUUUCCAAACAGUGCAAUGAAGGCACUAUACUGGAUGGAUGGUAACGUUCCAGAGAAGGUAUCACAAAUACUGUUUAAUUGGUUUGGAAUCAAUAAAGAGGUUGAAGAGUCGAACCAAAACCUAAUGAAGGAGCUGUCACAAAAUUUCAGAAAUAUGAUAAAGGAGCUUGAAAGCCAAACACCAGAAGUACAUGCUUUCUUGAGAAUAUUUGGAAAUGAACUGGGAUAUGUUAAAGGCAGUGAUUUCAAGCUACUGGGACAAAUGUUGUCAAAAAGUUUCCAACUAUUCCGAAGUCUACCAGCAAAGCUUAACCUAGCUUUACAAAAGGGUAUGUUUGCUCACUACAUCUUCAUGGACUCUCAGUUUAAUCUCCCCACUGGAGCUGGACUUCCUCUGAAACUGUCUAUGUCAGGUACAAUUGGAGCUGGUGGAAAAGCAGGGAUAAAAUAUGAAGGAAAGAAGCUUGAAGGUCUGAUCAAGCCAAAAGUUGCAAUUGAACUUGUGGCCCAGAUGGGAGUCAGUGUACCUAAUUUUGUCAGAAAUGGAAUACAGAUGAAUGCUAAUUUGUAUCAUGAAUCCAGUUUUGAGGCCCGGAUCAGGAUGAAUAACAACCAGAUAAAAUUGAGCAUUCCUGCACCCAAAGUACAAGCCAAACUCUUAAAUAUUAGAUAUGGACAAUCUCUGAUACAUAAUAUAAAAACUGACAAAAUUGAAUCACUCUUCACUAAUGAAGAAGCGUGGUCAGAAUGCAAGGCAUUGUUACCAAUGUUUGACAUUUGCAUUAAGAGGAGACACACAGAAACAGGUUUACUUAUAAAUGCACCCAAUUAUCCACUGAUGGAAGAAUCAAGGUUAGUAGUCUAUGUUCGACCAAAAGGUACAGUGGAAGGUUUUUCUGCAUCAGCAACUUAUGAAUCACAAACAAUCAAUGAAGAUUUGGAACACUCUGUUACGUUUGUUGUUCAGGCUGAAGGCACUGAAAAUAUGGAGGUUUCAGCAGAAAUUAAGUACAACGCCAAUAAGCAAGUACUUACAGGAGACGUUCAGAUUCCAAAAUUUGACCUGGAAGUAGGUGUGAAACUAGGGGCUGAAGACAAAUCUGCAUCGACAAGAAAUGCAUACAUUGUUAAAUUUGAUGUCACAAACAAAAAGGUGCCUGAAAUUACCCUGGUGGGCCGUGCAAGUUACGAUAAUGAACGGAAAGAUCUUUCACUGGAGUAUCUCUUCACCAUUCCCAACUUCGACAUAAAUGCAAAUAUUGGAACUCAGAUUCGUCUUCCGUCUGAUGAAUGGUUCACUGCAUUGAGUGUAGAAGCUUCAAUACCACAUUUAAAGGCUUCUCAUGAAACUAACUUUAAAUAUGGUGUCAAGAACAUUCAGGUUGCAUGGAGCUCAGAGGUAAGCUCUGAUCUGAAACCAAUUAAUGAGAAAAUCUCAAACAUCCAAACGCUUGACAUGUCUGAAUACAGGCAGAUGAUAAACAGUUAUCGUGACAGCUUCCUCGAUUCGAAAGUUCCUCAAACUGAUAUGACAGUGAGGCACAUUGUUUUCAAGUUAUAUAAGGCUAUCAAUGAUUUAUUACAAAAGUCUGACAAGCUGCAAGUUCUACAGAAAAUAGAUUUCAAAGAAAUAGAAACAUACCUUACUCUUCCAGAAAACCUGUAUUUGAAGAGUUAUGGAUCUAUUGCAGGCACAUUUAGCAAUGAGAAGAAAACUAUUGAAGUUCCAAUUCCUUUUGGUGGAACAGAGAGAGAAUAUCCAUUUUAUUCCAAAUUAAUGGAUUUAAAACUGAUGCUUAAGAAGAUGUUUGGAGGUCAAUUAAAUGAAAAUGACAAUCCACCAAUAACUUCCGCUCCAACUAUUACCAUUCCUAAAACAUACAAUCUGCAAAUUCCUUUAAUUAAAAAGUUGCAAUUUUCCACCAACAUGAACAGCAAUUACUACAAUUGCUCCUCUAAGUUCACGGCUGAAUACAAUUCAAAGAAAGAUAGAAGGAAAUAUUCUACUAAAGUAGAUAUUCAUGCAGUCUCAGCAUUUGAUUUUCUGUCCUAUCAUCUGACAGCAUCCCAAGCAAGGAAAUCUCUGUUGCUGAAAAUUGCAGCCAAACACAGGCCACCAGCUCUAACACAUGGCAGUGCCAUUGAGGAGGCCCUAGCUGCUGUUGAUGACAACACCUCAGCUUCUCAGGAGACCAAGGACACGUUUACCCUCAAUGUUGCUUCUAAAUUUCAACACAAACUACUAGAGUCUCAAAUCAAGUUCAAUCUUAUGGAUCAGACGAAAACUGAGAUGAACUAUGAAUGGGAUGCAGUCAGUAACUUAGGAAUGGAAGCCUCUUUGCAUUCAUCAUUGGAGGUUGCAAAUGAAGAUUCACUUGUAAAGAUAGAAGGAACAGCAAAUGGAGUUUUAAAUAUCUCUUCAUAUGACUCUACUUGGACUUACAGAAUGUCGCAAAUGAUUGAUAGGAAUACUGUUGAAUUUAGUGGCGAUUCUGUUUCAAACUUUAAUUCAGCAUUGAUUCAAGUUAACAACAAGAUGGUUAAUAGCUACAAAAACAAUAUUUUCAAGUUUGAAUCGACCACUAAUGGAUCAUGCUUACAUUUGAAAAAUGUCAUAGGAGUAACAGCAAGCACUGAGAAAUUUGAACUGAUCUGUACUACUUCAAGUCAUUCCGAUAAUGGGGACGUCAGCAGUAAGAUAAAAUUGACUCACGAUGUUGCGGAACUUAAGCUGGAGAACAAUCUGAUAGCUGAACUGUUUGGUGUUUCCUUAAAAACAGAAGAUGAACUUACUUAUGAUAAUGAUCGACUUUAUCUCUUGUUGAAAACAGAAGGAAAAUACGACCAGAUGGCUGCAACCAACAGCCUGAGUCUUUCAGUAUUAGAAAAGCAUGUUGUAGCUGAACAUAAAUGGAAUGCCCAAUAUUAUGCCAAGAUGUUCCACAACAGCUUGAUUGGUACCUUUAAUAAGAACGGUCUUGAGGUAAAGUCCAAUACUGGCUUCCCUGGUGUAACAAACGUUGGAAUUCUGAAAAUUGCUAACAGUGGUUUAUCAACUGAAGUGAACUCAAGUAUAGAAAUAUAUUCUUUCAUUGUGAAGCAAAAAUUCAAAACAAUCGUUAAUCAAGACGGAGCUGUCAUGACCAUUGGUAUCAAUGAUCAAACAAAUAAUUUAAUUUAUUUGAAUAUUGAAGGAAAAGCAAAAAGUACUGGAAUAAAUGCCAACAGUUUUUUUUCAAGUGUUACUUGGGAAACUAAUGCAACAAAUAGCAUUGAUCUCCAAUUUAACAAAGAGAACGGGUUGAUACUCCAUACAGAAACAGAGGCAUUUUUCAAAGAAGCUCAAUUUAACCAUGUACAUCACCUUGUUAUUGGUUCUUGGUCGUUAGCUGUAUUGGACACAGUUGAGACUGGCAGCUCUUCAGAUUCUAGUAUCAAAUACCAGCAAAGAUCUGUGUUGCGCAUGCAACCUUUCCUAGUUUCAAUCAGUUUUGAUAACAGAUUCAACUAUCAACAGUUAAUUGCUUCUCACAAUAUGCAGCUUUCACUUGAACCUUUAAAGUUUGAAUUUCAGGGUGAAUUGACGGGAUCACAGAAUGAAAAUCAUGUGGACCAUAGGUAUAUUUUGAAAUGUGCUGAUUGGAAGGCUUUAUUAAGUGCAAACACAACUGGAAAAUUAGAAUCUAUGAAAGUUAACCAGAUGCUGAAUUUGGAAAUUAAUGGAUUUUCUGCAAAAUUCUUAAGUGAUGUAUUAUUCAAAUCAGGAGCACUGCAGGUUCACAAUAAGGUACUCUCUACAGCUAUACCAUUUGUGUUCGCAUUUGAAGCUGAUACCUCUGCUAAAGGACUUAUUAAUGCCUGGGGCUUCCAUAAUGGAGAGCUUAGCAACAAGGUCCAAAUGAAGGCUGAGCCAUUAGCACUUGCCCUUCAUCAUAACUUUAAAGGAACUUCUGAGCAUAAAGUGCGGGAUCAAAGAUUGCUAAAGUCCCUUCUCGAAAGCAACUUAAAUGUUUUGUUCAUUCCAACUGAGCAGACAAGCAAGUGGGCACUAAAGAGUCGGUUAAACAAUAAUACUUACGUGCAAACAAUUGACGCCUACAAUAAUCCAGAAAAAAUUGGGAUAGAUAUUGCAAAUACUGCGGAGGUUGACUUUAGUUUGCUAGUCCCCUUGAAGGAGGUUUAUUUCCUUCCCUUUGACACAUCAAAUUCCGUUGAUCUAAGUGAACUUCAGAAAUUUCAAAUUUCAGGCAAUUUGAAUUAUGACAAAAAUGGGAACGUUCAUGUUAUUAACAUACCAUUCUUGAAAAACCUGCCCCUCCACCUUAAGUCAUUUCUGAAAAGCAUUCAGAAUCAAUUGAAGGAAAUUAAAGUGAGUCAAUUUGUCCAGCAGUGCAAGAAAGGAUUAGGCCAAAUGAAUGAUUUCAUUAACAAUGUGAAUUUAGACAUCACGUUUAAUGAUGCAAGAGAUAGAUUAUUAACAUUGGUAACAGAGAAUCAAUUAAUUGAAAACUUUCAGUUUGUUCUAAUGGAGUUUCACAACAGUACAUUUACCAAACUGUAUGAAGUUAUUUCAUAUCUGAAAGAAUGUGACAAAACUGAAUUGAAGAAGGCUGCUGAAAAUGUCAUAAAUCUAAUUGUAAAGAUGCUGCAACAAAUAACCAAAACAUCUGACCGCGCCAUCAACACAAUUCUGCAAUUUCUCCAGAAAAUUGACCUGGAAAUUCUAAAAAAUGACAUUGCUGAUUGGAUUCAGGACUUUGCUGAAAAUUAUCAAAUUAAAGCUCAGCUUCAAGAUAUGUUACAAGAACUACAAAUGCAAAUUCAGAAUAUUACUUUUCAGGAAAUCACUAAUGAAUUAAGAAAGCUAACUAAUUUUAAUGCAAUCAUUGAAAAAUUAGAACAAUAUCUGAAUGCAUAUAAUCAUGAGACAAAGAAGGUAAUUGAGAAUAUGCAUAAGGGGCUUUCCUGGUUGGUGGAGCACUAUGAAAUUGAUGAUAAGAUUCGCAGCAUUAAUGUCGAGGUACAGAAAGUAAUCACUGCAUAUAAAAUUGACUUCUUAGCUCACAAUGUUUUAAAUGAAACAAUGAACCUCAUUAAAACACUGAAAGUAAAGAACACAAUACAAGAAGUUAUUACCACUCUUAAAAAGAUUCCUGUGAAAUCACACAUUGACAAAGCAGUUCAGUACAUUGAUAAAGCAAUUGAACAGAUAGAAUUAUAUGAUUACCAAGCAUUACUUGACAAGGUUAAUGAGUUCUUCACCACUAUUAUUACUUAUUUAAGGCAGUUUGAUUAUAAUGAUUUUGUUAGUCAAACCAAUGCCCAGAUCCAAAAUAUAAUCAAAACAGUCAAGGAUAAAAUGGAGGAGGUAGAACUAUCACAGAAAGUUAAGGCAUUAAAGAAGAGUAUGCAGAAAAUUCAGUUGAUAUUCAUGAAUUACGCUGUGCAACUGAAACAGAAAAACUUGAAUGAAUUGAUCAACCCAUUGACAAAUGUGCUCAGAAGUAUAGCUCUAUCACUUCGCAGUUUUGUGGAAGCUAUAUAUGGAGACAGAAUUGAGAUACUCUUUGAUCAGAUGAGUAGAAUGAAUAUUAAUGAGGAACUGCAAAGAGUUUGGAGUGUUGCUGUGGACUAUUGCAAGGUAUUUAUUUUUCACCUCACAAAUAUAUAUGAUGACACAGUGAAGGAAAUUAGCAAUUUUGCAGAAAAGUACAAUUUUACAGAAAUAGUGGACCAAGUCUUAAAAUAUCUGGAAGAAGGUUUUACUGUUCCAGAACUGGACAUAGGUUUCAUGUCAGUGCCUCAAUUUGAAAUAAGCAUUCGCGCUUUCAGAACGGCAGAGUUCGAUACUCCAUCAUUUACAGUGCCUCUUACAAAUCUAAGAAUUCAAUCCUACCAUGUCAACUUAAAGGACUUGCAUAACAUCAACAUUCCUGCUAAAAUUAGAAUACCAUCAUUUGUUAUCUUGGAUUUAGUAACUGUCCCUGAUUUCACAAUUGAUUUUGAAAAGAUGAAGAAUCUUAUUGUCACCUUCAUAAAAAAUGUCUGGAAUUUUGAUUUCUCCAUUGGAGAAUUCAAUAUGUUUUCAGACUUAAGUUUUCUAAAUAUCACCUUGCCAGAUGUGAAAUUUCCUGAAAUAGAUCUCAGUGCAUUGUACAUGCUAGAUAUAAAAAUUCCAAAAGUGGAUUUGGACAACUUCAUGUUAGAUGACAUUAAGAUUCCAGAAUUUCAACUUCCGCAUAUUCCUUAUGAAGUAUCAGUUCCUGCAUUUGGGAAACUCACCGGAACAUUUACUAUUAACUGUCCCAUCUAUGGACUUCAUACAAGCGUUGGUAUUCACAACACUACAGUUGUUCAAAACAGCCCCAAAGUUCUGGCUUUUAUCACGGCAAAGAGCAAGUCAAGUAUCAACGUCUUAUCCUUUGACUUUGAAGCAAAUGCCCAACUUUCAUCUCCUGAGCAAACUCAGUUGGAACUCAGUGAAAGGAUAACACUUCACCACAGUGCUAUCAAUGUUGCUCACAUGGGUGAUCUUACUUUCACAAGACCCUCUGUGAUUUCAACAGCAAAGACAAAUAUAACAAUUACUACUGAAGCCUACAAUGCAGAAUUAAUAAAUACUUUAAAAGGAACUAAAAUGGAGACACAUUAUAAACACAAGCUCACUAUUCCACGGCAACCAUUCUCAAGCAGAGUUUUUCUUCGUAACAUUGUUCAAACCUCGGUUGAUAAAACAAAUGCAGCCUUGUCUGUCACAACGUUUGGGAAUGGAAAAUUGAAUUUCCAGAACUUCUCCGAUGAAGGAACACACAAAAGUGAACUGAAGUUAAAUUUGAAUGCACUUGCUCUAGUAAUUACAUUCUUGGGUGACACCAACACCAAAUACGUAACAUUGAAAGAAAACUUCAAGACUGAGAUCUUUUCUUCAUUUAAUGCCAAAUUCAAUUUGAAUGCAGAAACAAAUUUGGAUCGCUUUGUUCGUUCUGUCAUCAAUGCAAAUGGUAAAGCAGAUCUAGCAACGUUAAAGAUGGAAUUGGUGGGAUCUCACAGAACUGAACUUAAUGGUUUAGCAAUAGGUCCAGUGGAAAAUUCAUUUCACUUCACAGCAGAACCAUUUGCAGUUGACUUUAGAGCAAAGAAUAAUGCCAAUGUAAAGCUUUCUUUCCCUUUCACGCUCACUGGCAAGAUAGAUUACGUGAAUAACUAUGUAUUGACACUGAAUCCUAAUGAACAGCAAUUCUCAUGGCAAGUAAAUUCUUCAUUCAAUCAGUACAGGUAUACACAUGACAUUUUUGUAGGUAAUAGUGAGGAAAGUAUCAAUAUUCAUCUUAGACUGAAUGGUGAUGCAAGUCUUGAUUUCCUAGCUUUACCUGUUUCCAUCCCUGUUUGUUCAUUACUUCCUUGUAUCUCCCACAAAACUCCUGUUGUUACCUUUUCAUUAUGGGAACAAACUGGACUGAAAUCCUUCUUGAAAACAACCGAACAGUCAAUUAGUUUAAGCAUAAAGACUGAAUACAAAAAGAACAAAGACUUCCAUAAUUUCAAACUAAACAUGAGGCCAGUUUAUAAUCAGAUUAAUGAUUAUCUUCGAUUCUUUGAUGCAAGAUUUGAACAGGCAAGAAACAGAAGCUUGAACUUACUACAGAAAGCAGUGUCUGGUAGAUUGCAAGGAAAUCCUUCAGGUAAAAUGCUUCAUAUACCAGGGUAUACCAUACCAGGACUGAAGAUUGAAGUAUCCCCCUAUAGACUAGAAAUCCCAACAUUCAGAUUCGUUACUGCUAGAACUAUUACAACGUCUACAUUUGAACUUCCCAUCAUCAACUUUAUUAUGCCUUCAUACACUUUUGUCAUACCAUCUCCUGAGUUAACAUUAGAACAUAUACCUCAAAGUUUAUAUACAUUGACAUUUCCAAAGAUCAAAAUGCCCCGUGUACAAGAUACCAUCAAGAUUCCUGCUAUGGGCAAUUUGACUUCUGAUUUCUCACUCAAAUCAAGUCUAGUGACUCUGAACUCUCAUGUUGAACUUUUCAACCAGACAGACAUAACUGCUCGCUAUAGUGUCUCAUCUUCAUCAACCUUCACUUCAAACUUCAAAGUAGAAGGGACAACAAGCAUGGCAAGACGGCGAGGUCUGAAACUAGCAACAACUAUUUCUGUUGAUCAUGACAUUAUUCGUGGAAACCAUAACAGCACCAUAAAUUUAACAAAGAGGAAUGUUCAAGGUUCAGUAAGUACAGUCGUAUCAAUUAAACAUGACACUCUUGAUCUUACCUUCAAACAUGAACUGAAAGGAAAAGCAAAGUCAAAGCCUAACCUGCUAUCAAAGAUGUCUCUUGACUACAGACUGUCCAUGCCUUUGAAAAUUAAUGUUCAAGGAAAUGCAUCCCAUUCUGUUACCUUAGCAGACAUUACGUCUUCCUUGAAUUUAGAAACUUCAACUAAUGCUCAUAUUGAAGGAACUAUGCAAUCGAUAAACAAUUUUUCUGGCAGCUUGAACAGUGGCUCAAGUAUUUAUCUUGAUUCAAAUAAUAUUCAUUCCAAUGUAAAACUUGAAUUAGGUUCAUCCAUUGAUACUGCUUCUGGCAAUUCUUGGAAGAUUGCAACAAAUGAAAACUUUACUAUGGAAGCAUCCACAGCUCAUCUUAUUGCCGUAGUGGAUCAUUCUGCUGAUAAUUUCAUAAAAUAUGUACCGACAGUCAACACAAAUGGCCAUCAAAAAUCUAAAGUUACAUUAGAAUUAUCAUUCUGGAGUUUGGCUGCUGAGUUGCAAAGUGAGAUUUAUCAACUCAAUAAUGGAUUGCAUUUGGCAGAUAUACAACAUGAUGUGGCUGUAACUGUCAAACCAACAGCCCAAGAAGUGAAAUGGAAUAAUAAUGGUCACCUCUUUUCAGUAGCUUUCAGUGAUAAAGUGGAAAUGUUAAACAAUGGAGAAAAAAUACAUCUUGGCAUGACUGGUUCCCUACAGGGAUAUUUGAAUUUUUUGAAAGAAAUUGAGCUUCCAAUAUAUGAAAAGAGUUUGUGGGACAUACUGAAAUUUGACUUGACUACGAGUGAAGAGAAGCAACAAUACUUAAACGUGUCUGCAUCGAUGGACCUUAUGAAGAAUGAAAACUACUUAAUUAUCCCUUUGCCAGUGCAGGUAGUAGCCAAUGGUCUAAAGAUAAAUAUUCCUGAGAUUACCCUUCGUGUUCCCGAUGCAAUCAAAAAUGCACCAGAAAUGAUUGCCAAUAAUCUAUUUCCACAGAUGGAAAAAAAUCGCAUUCCUAAUGAAAUUGAGCUUUCAGAACUAAAACUGCCCAGAGUAAUCAUCACUCCCCAAUUUACAGUCCCAUACACUACCCUUCAGGUACCAUCAUACACCGUUAAUUUGACAAAUAUUGUUAUCCCGUCAGACAUAAACAUUCAUCCAUUUGACAUAUUAUUGCCACAUUUGAUUGCAGUUAACAUAUCUAAUGUGAGCCUUCAUUCAGCUUACACUGAACUUGAGCAGUAUCUUACUGUCUCAAAAUUCAAAAUCACAAUUUCUCAGUUUACUCUACCAAAGUCCUUUGGAAAUUACCUGGAUCUGGACCUUAUUACAAAGCAAAUUGCAGAUUUUGAGCUACCAACAAUAACAAUCCCAGCAAGAACAGUGGAGAUUCCAGCACUGAAGUCAGCACUACCUCUAGCACUUGUUCUACCAUCAUUCAAGUCUUUCACUGGAAAAGUCAACGUUUUGUCUCCGAUAUAUAAUACUUCAUGGACUACAACUGUGAAAUCAGAUCAAAAUACAGCAGACACCUUAACUGCGUUAGUGGAAGCAACAUCAAGUUCCACAUUACGAUUUCUGGAAUAUGACUUAAGUGCAAACAUAAUUUUACGUAAUAUCAACAAUACCUACAAUCUUGUUGAAACGUAUACAUUAUCCCAUCCUGACUUAAGUGUUGACUGGCAACAGAAUUGUAUUUUUGAUUAUUUUGGACUAUCAAGUUAUCUGAAAAUAGAUGUCAAGAGCCCAACAUUCACAGACCUGAGCAUUUGGAUGUGGGAAAACAAUGGUAGAAUUUCUUCAUCAGUCUCCUCUCCAUCUACUGGAUUCUUAGGAAUGAUAAUCGAGAAGAAAAAGCCAAAUGCUCUGUAUGCAAAGCUGUAUGUCCAUAAACCAAAAUCUUCUGACUUAGUUAUUUUGGAUAGUAAAGUCUCACUGGAGAACCCUGAAAAUAUUCAAGUGGAGUUCAACUGGAAUAAUAAUAUCACCACAGAUAUGGCGAAUGGCUUAAAGGACAGAAUACCCAAGAUGACUCAAGCCAUCUAUAAUUGUGUAAACAAGUAUCACACAGAGCAUCUCGGAAUAGAAAUGAGUGCUGUCUCCUCAAAAGCUAAAGACAUGAUGAAACAGAAUGUCGAUAAAGUAUACAGAAAAGCAAUCAAUGGCCUUAAGGAGUUAGAUGGUCAACUCCAGUCUACUGUUGAUCUUAUUUCUUCAGAAUAUCAGUCGCUGAAAGAAACAACAAAUAAAUUUUACAAAGGAGCAGCAGCCAAAGUAACAAAUGUAAACAUUGAGCAAGAGCUCACCACAUUACUGGACAUGAUUUCAAAUUUAACAAAAGAGUAUCAGACUAAGUUGAAGGACUUAAUUAGUGAAGCAAUUAAGUUUCUAAAAUACACUAAAUUACAACUGCCUGGACUUGACAGUCAGUUUACAGGACAAGAGCUUUACAAUAAGUCCAUAGAUCAGGCAACACAAUUUAUGAACAAAUUCAACAACUUUAUCAAUGUAGAUCUUAGAAAUGCAGUCAAAUACGUGAAACGGUUUGAGAUGAGAUUCCCUUCUAAUGAUACAAUUGUGAAAAUUUCAGAACUACUUUCUCGCAUAGAAAGGUUUCUUAAAACAGUUGAAAUGAACAUGCUUGAACUUUUAAGUAUCAUGAAUAGUCUUGAUGUUGAACAAUAUCUAAACAGCAUUACACAGGCAGACUUAGUGAAUAUAAACUACAACUCUGUGAAAGCACAAGUAAUCCAGUUAUACAAUGAAACCGUGAAUUUUCCAUAUGCAGAUCAGUUGCAAUCAAAUGCAGAUCACUUGAAAGAAUACCUUCUAAAGCUUGUUGAAGAAAACGAAGUCUUCCUUCCAGAAAAGAUUCGGGAAGUAGGAUUUCACAUGGUGCCAUUUUUUGAUGAAUAUAUUCCUCAAUCCUUGUUUAACUAUGCAGAAAAGUACAAAGAAAUUGAGGAUAAGUUAAUCGAGUGUUUGAACAGACUAAUGAAGUAUAUAAAAGAUGAAGGUCCAAGAAUAAUUGAUACCAGUGUUAGACAUGUCAAUAGUUUGAAGCAUGAAGUUACAAAAUUCAUGGCAAAUUCUGCAGUAUUUUUCAGUGACUAUUUCAAGGUUAAGCAGGCUUACUUUCAAGAAAUUAGUGAAAAAGUAAUUCCUACCUAUUUUCAAGCAGCCAAAAAUGUUCUGGAUGAUGUGUUUGCAGAGAUCAAGAAUAACACAGUUAGCUAUAAAAGGACAAUCAAAACUAAAUUAGAUGAAGCUAUUGUUUACUUAAAUGGAAGCUAUGAAAAUGCAAUUGCUCAAGCAAAAUACACAGUUGAUUGGUUUAUUGAAAACUGGAACCAAUUUACUGAAUACCUAUUUAGGUUCUUGGAAGAGAUUGCAAACAAACUGACUGAUGAAAUGAAGUCAUAUGUGCAAAUGCAGCCUGAACAGCUUAUAAUUAAUGUUCCAAACCAUCUUAACUGGAAACUAUUCGAUGAUAUGCCACAAUUGAAAGAAGGAACAUUGAACCAGUUAAAUGUAACAAUUACCAAAGAACGGCAGGCUUUUCAAAGAACAUGGGAACUUGUGAUGGGGAACUAUCAGAAAGAUAAAAAGCUGCUGAAGGGAAAAACAACAAAGAGCAACAAAUCAACGUUUUAA